UUUUCACUCUCUUCUUUCUUAUAUUUUUUUUAUUUCACUUAUAAUAACACAAUUUUACCUCCUUUAAAUACUUCCUCGCUAAACUCUUAAAUUCAACACUCUCUUACCCUUCAUUCUCCAUUCAACGUUAGCAGUUAGCAUCAUGGCCCAAGAGGGUGAGUCUGAGACACUGAAUCCACCCAUGCCCGAGUCCGAGUCGGAGUUAACUAAAACCCGACCCGUUGGCAGCACCGAGUUCAGCUGGUGCAAGGCCGUUCCUGGCGGCACCGGCGUCACCGUCCUCGGCCUCUUCCUCUCUAAACCACCACAAAUCCCUCUUCUCCAAACUACCCUCCGCAAUCUCCAAAAUUCCCAUCCUAUCCUUCGCUCCAAGAUCCACCUCGACACUUCUACCAACACCUUCCACUUCGUAACACCCCCAAACCCCCGCGUCCAAAUCCAACCCUUCGAUCUCGAAUCAACGUCCCAUAUUCUCCAACGCGAAUCCAACGGUCACGAUCAGAUCAGCCCCUUCCACACACUCAUCGAGCACGAGAUUAACCGCGACACGUGGCAAGAUCCUAGCCGCGCCGACACCGACGUCCUGUACGCGAGCGCGUACACGGUAACAGACGAUCGGUUCGCGGUGUUCCUCCGCCUGCACACUUCGGCGUGCGACCGCGCCGCGGCGGUGGCGCUGCUGAAGGAACUUCUCCGGCUAGUGGCCGGAGGCGGCGGAGACGACGGCGGCGGCACCGACGUGAAGGAAGAAAAUGUGAACUUGGCGAUUGAGGAUCUGAUUCCCGAAUCGAAGAAGAGCAAGCCGUUUUGGGCGCGUGGUUUGGACAUGCUUGGUUACUCGCUGAACUCGCUUCGGUUCGCGAAUUUGAGUUUUGUGGACGCUGAUUCGCCUAGGAGCUCUAAGAUGGUUAGGAUGCAGCUGAAUGCAGACGAAACAGAGAGCCUACUAGCUGGAUGCAAAUCAAGAGGGAUUAAGCUUUGUGCGGCACUUGCAGCUGCUGGAAUGAUCGCCUCAUGGACCUCUAAACACCUUCCUGAUUAUCAAAGAGAAAAGUAUGCUGUAGUAACACUUGUUGAUUGCCGCUCAAUUCUUGAUCCAGUCCUUUGUAGCAACCACGUUGGGUUUUACCAUUCUGCCAUCUUGAACACUCAUGAUGUGUGUGGAGAACCCUUAUGGGAGCUGGCAAAGAGAAGCUACUCAGCUUUUGUAAAUUCUAUGAACUGCAACAAGCAUUUCUCAGACAUGUCUGACCUGAACUUCCUCAUGUGCAAGGCCAUUGAGAACCCUGGUUUGACACCAUCAUCAGCACUUAGAACUGCUUUGUUCUCUGUGUUUGAGGACCCUGUCUUUGAUGAUUCGGCUGAAAUGCAUGAAGAGCUAGGAUUGGAAGAUUAUGUUGGUUGUGCUUCCACACAUGGUGUAGGCCCAUCCAUAGCCAUAUUUGACACCAUACGAGGUGGAAAGUUGGACUGUGCUUGUAUAUAUCCAUCACCCCUUCACUCAAGAGAGCAGAUCCAAGAACUAGUCGAUCAUAUGAAGAGAAUACUUGUGGAUGGUUGUAACAGUGAAAAUCAAUAAAUUGAACUAUAAUCCAUUUCUGAGCUAGUAGUGGUCAUAAUUUUAUUGACCAAUUCAUAAACUUUGUUGUCUCUUCAAUUUCAGUUUGUGGUGUAGAUUCUCCUUGGUUUAUUGAAUUUCUGAGGAAUUUUAAAUGAAGGUAGAAAUACAAUGCAAUUCGCAAUGGAGGAACGAAGCAUCUGCAAAAGUUGCAAUUACAUCAGUUUUUAAAAAAAUGCAGAGAUGCUUUCUCUGCUCUCAGAUGGCCUCAAGAAGUGGAAGGUUUAUUGAUUUAAUUCAUAAACUUAUGACCGAAUUAAUUUAGAAUAAUGUUAA